GAACAAUGAACACGACCUGUGAAUCUAUGGGUGACAUGAACCUUUUACUGGCAGUAUAUAUCUGUACUUGUUGGGCAUCCAGCGAGUGGAUAAUUUUACCGGCGAGGGCGCGGUGACGCGGCACCUCUCCAUCCAGACACCCGAACUCCGCCGCUCUCCAGCCGCCGCCAGCACGCCAUGCUCCCGCUCGCCGCCGCAAGGGCCUGCCUUUCCUCCCCGGCGCCGACGCCGAGACCCCCAUCCCCAUCCCGAGCGGCGUCUCUCUCCCCCCUUCUCCGUCGCAGCUCCACCGCCAGGCAGCUCAGACCCGCCAGGCUCCCCCUCCUCCGCCCGCUCCAGGCCGCAACGGGCGCCGGCGCGCCGGGCGCGUCCUCGCGGCCCGCGAGGGACCGCGUGAUCGACUUCGGCAAGCACAAGGGCCAGAUGCUGGGCACGCUGCCGCCGUCCUACCUGCGCUGGGUGGUCGCGGAGCUCGACUACGGGGACACGGCGGCCUGGGCGCGCCUGGCGCGCGAGGUGCUCGACGACCCCGUCUACGUCGACCGCGUCGAGUGGGAGCACGCGCACCGCUUCCUCCGCGGCGACUCCAAGUUCGACUACGUCUACGACGACGCCGGCGAAGACGGCGACGGGCCGCUCCAGGAGAUGGCCGAGCGCUUCGGCUGGGACCUCUCCGACGAGGACGGCUGGGGCCGCCUCGACUUCCGCCUCCUCGGCACCUCCUACGGCGGCCGCAUCCCGAGGAAGGCCGACCGGCGCCAGAGCACCGGCAACAGAUCCCCCCGCGGCGGCGGCGGCGCCCUGUUCGACGCCGGGGCGGACGGGCCGAGGGGGAAGAGGGACGAGAGGCGGGAGCGGAUGCGGACGAGGAGGGAGGAGCAGGUGAGGACGGCCAAACUGGAUGUGCUCGGCGUGAACGCCGGCGCGAAGGAUGGCGGCGCACUGGGGACGGCGAGGAAGGCCCGCAUUGGUGUGGCGGCAAAGAAGGAGAUCCUGGGGCUGGGCCGCUGCGGCGAGAGGGCGGCGCCGCUGAAAGGCGGCGAGGGAGGGAACCCGUUCCCCGGCCGGCAAGCCUUCCUCGACAAGGUCAGGAAGCUCAAGGGCGAUGAUAGCUAGCGCCAGCAGCUAGGCUAGGUGAUAUCAGGAUCGUUUAGUGCUCAAUAGACGUAAAUUUUGGGCAGUUCAUGGAAGCAAGCAGAUUGUAUUCCUUAGAUAAAUUACAGUACAAGAGUGAGAUCUACUCUAGCAGACAAGCAAGGCACUAGGAAUUUAAGAACUUCUUUACGGGAACAUUGACACUGUUUGAGUUGCUGCUAGGAAUUUAAGAAUUUAAGAUCGUCCUAUCUUCA